AAACUGUGAACAUAAAUAUAGAGCAGGUGGUGUGAGUCCAUAAAAUAGUUUCUCUUACUAAAAGAAUGGUAAGAGAGGAAAAGUGAAAAAUGUGAUGGUCCAGAAAAAAAAGAGGGCAUGCAUGGAAAAGAGGAAGAGGCAAAGGAAUUUGUCAUUUUGCAGAGGUUACAAAUCCCAAACACCUCACUAGAGGCCAAACAAAAGGGCAACUGGGUUUUCCAAUUCUCCACCAAAUAUCUCAUUCUUAGCUGUGUCCUAAACGGUGGGCCAUGCACGUGUUUAAACCCUUCUCAUCGCAUCAUUCACCAUAGCCUUCCCUCAAUUCCCCACCACCCAACCCCUCCUUUAUAACUGAACCUUCCUUCCCUCACACCUUCCCAUCACUCACCACACCAACACACCUUUCUCUCUCUCUCUCUUUUCAUCUCGUUGAGGCAUUUCAUCAAACACCUUUGCAACAUGGCCAAAGUGGGAAAACUUACAAAGCUGAAGUCAGCGAUCAAGAGAUGGCCCUCGUUGACCAAGCUCAGCCGCAGCAACAGCUGUGUCUCCUCCAGCAAAGGAGCCACCGGAGCAUCCUCUUCAUCCAAGGAACAUGCACAUGAACAAGAGCUUCAUGCUGUUUAUGUCGGGAAAUCUAGGAGGCGCUACCUCGUAAACUCCGAAGUGAUCGACCACCCUGUGUUUCAGGAGCUAGUGGAUAAGUCUUGUUCGUCUCGUGAUGAUGGGGUGGUGGUGUCGUGUGAGGUGGUGCUGUUCGAGCACUUGCUGUGGAUGCUUGAGAGCGAAGAGACCCAGUUGGGGUCCAUGGAUGAGCUGGUUGAGUUCUACUCUUGUGCAUGCUGAUCCACAUCAUGGUACCCAUCGAUGCUGACACACCUAGUAAUAGCUGACUUCGAUUGUUUCUCAUGUGGUCGCCCAAACAAAACCAAACCAUUGGCCAUAACUUUGUGAAUUCAGAUUGAUUCAAUCUUAAUUAUAUAUAUAAAAGUAUUGUUGUUGUGUAAAGUGGGCAUGUAGUUGACAUGAAUGUUCUAUUCAUUGUUGUGACUUUGUUUGAGGUGAAUGAAUCCAACGCCAAUUCCAAUCA